AUGGAGCCCCUCACCGAGCUCAGCCAGGAGGGCGCGGGCGGCGGGGAGCCGCCGGGCGACGGGCCUCUCUGGACGGCUGUCUUCGAAUACGAGGCGUGCGGCGAGGACGAGCUGAGCCUGCGGCCGGGGGACGUGGUGCAGGUGCUGUCCCGGGACUCACACGUGUCCGGCGACGAGGGCUGGUGGACGGGCAAGAUCGACCAGCGCGUCGGCAUCUUCCCCAGCAACUACGUGAGCAGCGGCGUGCAGGGGGGCGGCCCGGAGCUGCGCGCCCGAUACCCGCCGCCCCCCGCCAUACAGCUCCUAGAGAUCGACUUCUCAGAGCUUGUUCUGGAAGAAAUCAUUGGCAUAGGGGGCUUCGGAAAAGUGUAUCGAGCUGUAUGGAUAGGAGAUGAGGUUGCUGUCAAGGCAGCUCGCUAUGACCCUGAUGAGGACAUCAGCCAGACCAUUGAGAAUGUCCGCCAAGAGGCCAAGCUCUUUGCGAUGUUGAAACAUCCCAACAUCAUUGCCCUCAGGGGCGUGUGUCUGAAGGAACCUAAUCUUUGCCUGAUCAUGGAGUUUGCCCGCGGAGGAUCGCUCAAUAGGGUGUUGUCUGGUAAAAGGAUACCUCCUGACAUACUGGUGAAUUGGGCAGUGCAGAUUGCCAGGGGAAUGAACUACCUGCACGAGGAAGCAAUUGUACCCAUAAUUCACCGUGACCUCAAGUCCAGCAACAUACUGAUACUCGAAAAGGUGGAAAAUGGAGAUCUGAGCAACAAGAUGUUGAAGAUCACGGAUUUCGGCUUGGCCAGGGAAUGGCAUAAAACUACCAAAAUGAGCGCAGCUGGGACAUAUGCCUGGAUGGCUCCUGAGGUCAUCCGCUCUUCCAUGUUCUCCAAAGGCAGCGAUGUUUGGAGUUAUGGUGUGCUGCUUUGGGAACUGCUAACAGGAGAAGUACCAUUCCGAGGAAUCGAUGGUCUUGCAGUAGCGUACGGUGUUGCUAUGAAUAAGCUUGCCCUUCCGAUCCCUUCCACGUGUCCUGAGCCUUUUGCCAAACUCAUGGAAGAUUGCUGGAACCCUGACCCACACUCACGACCUUCCUUUGCCACUAUCCUAGACCAUCUUACUGCCAUAGAAGAGUCUGGUUUUUUUGAAAUGCCCAAAGAUUCCUUCCACUCCCUGCAGGAAGACUGGAAACAAGAGAUCCAAGAGAUGUUUGAUCAGCUCAGAGCCAAAGAAAAGGAGCUGCGCACAUGGGAAGAAGAGCUGACUCGUGCUGCUGUUGAACAGAAGAACCAUGAGGAGCUGCUUCGAAGGCGCGAACAGGAACUGGCAGAACGUGAGAUUGACAUCCUGGAAAGGGAGCUCAACAUCAUCAUCCACCAGCUGUGUCAGGAGAAGCCUCGGGUCAAGAAACGCAUGGGGAAGUUCAAGAGGAGCCGGCUCAAGUUAAAAGAUGGCAAUCAUAUCAGCUUGCCUUCAGAUUUUCAGCAUAAAUUCACUGUGCAGGCUUCUCCAACGAUGGACAAAAGGAAAAGUUUGAUCAGUAGCUGCUCCAGCCCUCCUGCAAGUCCUACCAUUAUUCCCAGACUCAGGGCCAUACAGUUGACACCUGCUGAAAGCAGUAAAACAUGGGGACGAAGCUCAGUCCUUCCAAAGGAGGAAGGAGAGGAAGAAGAGAAGAGAGGCCAGAAGAAAAAGGGACGCACCUGGGGACCAAGCUCACUUUGUCACAAGGAGCUAGGUGCAGGAGAAGAGGGUCUGAAAGCUCUGGUAGAAGGAUGCAAGCAGUGGUCAUCCAGUGCACCAAAUCUUGGGAAGAUCCAGAGAACUGCACCUGCUUUCCCAGGAUUCACCAGCUUAGCAGAGAUGGAUGAUGAGGACAGCGAAUGUUUUAAUGGAGAGGGCAAAGUGCACCCUUCACCUGUGCACAAUCAGUCAUACCUCUGCAUCCCAUUUCAGAAGAAUGAAGAGUGGGAUGGCCCUUCUAGUGAUGCCAAUGAGGAAUCCACCCCUGUAAACUCUGCUACAAGUACCCCACAGCUGACACCCACCAACAGCCUCAAACGUAGCAGCUCCCACCACAAGCGAUGUGAGGUUGCAUUGCUUGGUUGUGGAGCAGUGCUGGCUGCUGCAGGCCUGGGUUUUGACCUGUUAGAAGCAGGGAAAUGUCAGCUGCUGAUUGAGGAAGAGACAGAGGUGCCCAAGGAAGAGAAGAAGAAACGUGAUAGCAUUUUUCAGCGAGCUGGACGCCCACGCAGGAGCACUAGUCCCCCUUCCCGGAAGAUCUUCAAGAAGGAUGAUCCCCUGUUGUUGCUAGGCGAGCCAUCCACAUCCCUCACCCUUCUUUCCCUGUCUUCCAUUUCUGAAUGUAAUUCCACCCGGUCCCUGCUGCGCUCAGACAGUGAUGAGAUUGUGGUUUAUGAGAUGCCUGUCAGCCCAGUGACAGUCAAGGCUCCCUUGCCAGCCAUUACAAACCCACUGGUCAAUGUCCAGAUAGAGAGGUUCAAACAAGACCCCAACCAAUCCUUGACUCCCACACACGUGACACUCUCUUCCCACACCCAGCAAAGCGGACACAGGCGCACACCUUCUGAUGGAGCCAUCAAAGGGAGUGGACUGGUUGUCAAUGGGUGCCCAACCAGUGGAUGCCCUUCCAGCAGCUGUUUAACUGGAGCACUGGGAGCAGGUGUGUUAAAAACACCUAGUCCAAGCAGAGAUCCCGGUGAGGUCCCUCGCCUGCCAGACCCCAACAUUGUUUUUCCUCCAACCCCGAGACGAUGGAAUGCACAGCAGGAUCCCACACUGGAAAGACCCAAGACAUUGGAGUUCCUGCCCCGGCCACGUCCUGCAGCCAGUCGGCAGCGGCUUGAUCCCUGGUGGUUUGUGUCACCCAGCAAUGCCAAGGGUGAAUCUUCUGCCAACAGUUCAAGUACUGAUACUCCAAGCAAUCUGGACUCUUGUUUUGCUAGUAGCAGCAGCACUGUAGAAGAGAGACCUGGACUGCCUGCACUGCUUCCUUUCCAGGUGGGUCCUCCUGCAGAGGAGCGGACACUAUUGGACAUAGAUGCUGAGGGGCAGAGCCAGGACAGCACCAUUCCGCUAUGCAGAAGUGAACUUAACACACACAAAGCUGCAGCAUAUGAACUCAAGCAAGAAUUCUGGUCUUAAUAUGAAACCACUGGGGGCAGUGAGCCCCUCUAAAUUCAAUCCUACUUUUUGCACUGAGAAUGCACUUUGAAAACAGAUGAGAUGGAGGGAUGCUACAGAGAUCAUAUGGUGCUGCCUCUGCUGAAGAUGUGUUGUCAGCUGCCUGAUUUUUGUCUGCAUUUGGGUGAAACUUGGCUACUCUGAGCUGCUGACUUUUGCUGUGGGGUUUUUCUGUAGUCUUCCCUGCCCUCUUAUUGCAGCUUGAAUCUGCAAUGAGCUUAAAUUAUCAUAUCAAAGUCUUUUGUUACUGACCUUGUAGGAUUUGGCACUUGCAGAAUGGGAGUAGUUGCCUUCCUCUUCAUAGCAUGCUGUUAUCUUAAAGACAUUGUGGACAAUACUGCGUAGAGAUGUUGCUUCGAUAUGUCACAAAACAGGAUACCUCUCAUUCUGUUGAAGGUGAGGCAGUAAUGGUUGAGUAAAGAAAGGUCUUUGCCUUUGGAAUGUUUUGUUAAAUAAAACAUGA